UGCAUUUCUGCAUGGAAGCAUCGUUGUUUCCGAUGGACAAUUGCAGGCAACGACCACCUCGAGCAGCCUCGCGCCAACCUUCCACGUGGUCCCGGGGACUUAUGCGCCUUGCGCUCGUAUCGCUCUGUGCGGCGUGCCUCGCCUUGGUGUAUUAUCCUCGGCCACUGCUGCCAGAGUUUCCACAGCCAGUCGACCUCAAGGCGACGACUACCACAACUACCCAUUCAUUGCCGUCGUUCCUCUUUGUGGGGGACUCUAUCACCGAAUUGGGCAGCCACCCCGACCUCAUGGGAUUCCAAGUGCUCUUUCAGAAAGACUACGUGCGUAAAGCAGACACGAUCAACCGCGGCAACAGCGGCUGGACUACUCGGAAGUGGAUUCUCGCUCUGCCGACGCUUCUAGCGGAAUGGAGGACCAAGCCACCGACCCUGGUCGUCCUCUUCCUCGGAGCCAACGACGCUUGCCUCACGACUGGAGCGGACGCAUGGGCGCAUGUCCCGCUGCCCGAGUACAAAGCCAACUUAAACACCCUCGUCCGCGCCUUUCAAACGUCGUUCAUGCACAGCCGCGUGUUGUUGGUGACGCCGCCUCCCUUUGACGACACGUCCAUCGUGUGGAAGGACACUCGAACUAAUGCCGAGACGGGCAGGUACGCCGCGGCGGCGGUCGAUGUGGCCAAGCGCGCCAACGUGCCCGUGGUAGACCUGUGGACGGCGCUUCAGCCGAGGAUCGGCACCAUCUUUUACGACGGUCUGCACCCGAAUGCGAACGGAAACGUCCACAUUCAUUCCCUUAUGAGGCAGACCAUUCGCACAGCAUACCCGGACCUGACACCAGACCAGUUGCCCGUAGUGUACAGCUGAUGUACAGUAUAUUGCCGUCAUGGCAUUGUUUCAGGUAGUUUUAACGAGAUCGCGAGUUCUCC